CCCCUCUGGCUCCCCUAUAUAAGCCAGGGGUUACCCUGCCAGAUCCCUGGGUCACCCGUCAGUUGUAGGGGACACAGAGAGAAUCCAGUCUAGCCCAGCUCAGGCCCUGCCCAGCCGCCACCAUGCCUUUCGGAAACACCCACAACAAAUACAAGCUCAACUACAAGCCGGAGGAGGAGUACCCCGACCUGAGCAAACACAACAACCACAUGGCCAAAGCACUCACUCCAGACCUGUACAAGAAGCUCCGGGACAAGGAGACACCCUCUGGCUUCACCCUGGAUGAUGUCAUCCAGACUGGGGUGGACAACCCAGGCCAUCCCUUCAUCAUGACUGUGGGCUGUGUGGCUGGUGAUGAGGAGUCCUAUGACGUCUUCAAGGACCUGUUUGACCCCAUCAUUCAGGAUCGGCAUGGGGGCUACAAGCCCACAGACAAGCAUAAGACCGACCUCAACCAUGAGAACCUCAAGGGUGGCGACGACCUGGACCCCAACUACGUGCUGAGUAGCCGUGUCCGGACGGGCCGAAGCAUCAAAGGUUAUACCUUGCCUCCUCACUGCUCCCGGGGCGAGCGGCGUGCUGUGGAAGCCCUGAGUGUCAAAGCCCUCAACAGUCUGACUGGAGAGUUCAAGGGCAAAUAUUACCCUCUGAAGAGCAUGACGGAGCAGGAACAGCAGCAGCUGAUUGAUGACCACUUCCUCUUUGACAAGCCUGUCUCCCCCUUGCUGCUGGCCUCUGGCAUGGCCCGGGACUGGCCCGAUGCCCGUGGCAUCUGGCACAAUGACAGCAAGAGCUUCUUGGUGUGGGUGAAUGAGGAAGACCAUCUGAGGGUCAUCUCUAUGGAGAAGGGGGGCAACAUGAAGGAGGUCUUCCGUCGCUUCUGCGUGGGGCUGCAGAAGAUUGAAGAGAUCUUCAAGAAGGCUGGCCACCCUUUCAUGUGGAAUGAACAUCUUGGUUAUGUCCUCACCUGCCCUUCCAACCUCGGUACUGGCCUGCGUGGGGGUGUGCACGUUAAACUGGCACACCUCAGCAAGCACCCCAAGUUUGAAGAGAUCCUCACCCGCCUGCGUCUGCAGAAGCGGGGCACAGGUGGUGUGGACACAGCAGCCGUGGGCUCAGUGUUUGAUGUGUCAAACGCAGACCGACUGGGCUCCUCCGAGGUGGAGCAGGUGCAGUUGGUAGUGGAUGGUGUGAAGCUCAUGGUGGAGAUGGAGAAGAAGCUGGAGAAGGGCCAGUCCAUUGAUGAUAUGAUCCCUGCUCAGAAAUAAGGGCCUCCACCUUACUGGCCCCCAACACAUACACACCACCUGGAGCCCCACCCCUCCCUUUCUUAUCCCCAGAGCUCCAACUACUGUGUAGAAUUCCAGCCAAUGGCGUUUGGUAAUGAACUCCACUCACCAGGUGUCCUGCCUGGAGUUCCAGCCAAUAGAAGACUACCACCUGUAUUUGGGGAUCUAACCACUUCCUGGAGCUCUGCACCAUGGGGCCUCUUGCUCCCCUUGGGAGCUCUCCCCUCUUCCUUCCACUCCCAACAAUAAAAUCAUGGUGGCCCCAGA